UUCUUUAAUUCUUUAUCGGUUUCAGACCUACAGCAUUUGAUUGUUUUAGUUGGCAUGGGAAGAGACAUGAGCUUAACGGAUGUUUUAAUCCUCUCGUGUCCUCUACACUAUCAAUGUCUAGAACUUUUGUUGAAUUGUGUGUAAGUGUUUCAAGUAGAGAGCGUAGAGACAAUAGUUUUGCUAAGGAAAAAAAUGUAUUUUAAAUUAUUUUAAGUGAAGUUCUUCUCAACAAGUCAUGUAGGAUUUCGUGUUGGAAUUUGUUGGUAUAGUUAAAUUUGAGCGGUUCAUGGGCUGCUAAACUAAUUUUUUCAAUCAUUCUUAUCUUACUUCUCCAAUCUCAAAUGCUAUUUACAAAGCGAGUUUUAAGCUGUAACCGUGAUAUUCCUUUUGAUAUUGGUUGUUGACCUGUUGUAGACCUGUUGUAGACCCAUUCCAAUCCCCAGUAACAUAAUCCAGCAGAAGGAAAGAUCAGUUUGCAUGUCCUUCCUUCGCGCUCGAAGGUCACAUUGAUGUUUAAGUUAUUAAACGUGCUAUGCAGUGCUGUAGAGGUUGGACCCAUCCCCAUCAGCGACGUCAACCUGCAGAAGGAUAGGCCAGUUUGCUUCGAAGGUCACGGAAAUCAUUACGUACAAUACCCGCAAGGCUUAGGAGGUGAGGGUGCGAAAAAAAUUCGUAUAAAAGGAGAGAGAAAAGGAUACAGACAUCAGUUGGGUGAGCAUCACCGACACGGCAACAACUGCUGUGGACCACCUGUACCAAUUGGCUUCUUCAUCGCAUUACCAGCUCGCAACAAUUGUUCGCAAUUAUUGCUAACUAUAAUGUCGUGCUGCUGUCGGAUAUCGUUGAUGGCUGGGUCGUCCGCUAGUCUACCAAUGACUUUCGGUACGGAUACCAAACCGCAAUGUCGACGUCCUACUACACAACAACAGCAUACGCUUCAGCCGGUUAUUACACCAUCAAUGCUCCAGGGAAUUACACCACAACUCAUGAUCCCCCGAGCUACUACACCGACGCCCUGAAUUUUAGAUAUCCUUCAGCUUCUGCAAUGCAGUAAGUGUGUUUCUUUAAUUCUCUAUCGGUUUCAGACUUCCAGCAUUCUGUUUCAGUUGGUAUGGGGUGAAGCCAGGAAUGAAAACAGAUGUGGGGUUCAAUGGGUGUUGCUUUAAUUUUAUCGAGAUUUUCUCGUAUCUAUACACACUUUAUGUUUGAAAUAUUUGAAUAGUUAUAUGCAAUUGUUUGAAGUGGAGGGUGGGGAAAAUAUUUUGACUGAGGAAAAAAUUGCUUUGGAUUAAUUUAAGGGGAAGUUCUACAUAACAAGGCAUUUAAACAUGUGGGGAUUUGUGUUAGAAUGUGUGUGGUUAUGGGGCUCCGAAACUGAAGUUUAUCUUCUGCUAGAUUUCUCUCAAAUAGUAUAAUCCAUGAAGCGUUUUUGACUAAAUAGCAUCUGACCGUAUGGAAGGGCUUUUUAGCUUUUACAUGUUAAGUCAUUUUUUCAAUCAUUCUCAUCUUAUUUCUCCAAUGUCAAAUGCUAUUUACAAACCGAGUUUUAAGCUAUUAUUAUGAUAUUCCUUUUGAUAUUGGUUGUUGACCUGUUGUCUACCCAUUCCAAUUCCCAGCAACACAAACCAGCAGGAAGA